CAGCGCGGCUGCAUACAACAUAGCCAUCUUGUCAAGAGUGACUGAGAGAGGGAGGUAACUGUAGGCGCUGUUUAGAUCCUCAUUUGUUUUAAAGCGUGAGAUUUAAGAGCGUUUUCCUCUGUUCACCGCAGUUAGCUUCAAAGAAAGUGUCGCCACCGAAUGACUCUAAGCCGUUGAGGUGAGUGGACACAAAGGACGGACGGCUUUCGGGAAGAUGUCUCACAUACUUGUUCCGACGUAGGGGGAGUGUGCAGCAGCCAGUUGCUUGACUUGCUAGCUAGCUCGGUGAGUGGAGGGCUGCGGGCCCUCCUCAGCCUAAAGUAGGUCCUGCAGCUGGGCAACACACUCUGCGACAACGGCCCUUUGACAACUGCUCAACCGGGACAUUAGCAGGCCGGUCCGGACCGACGGAAAGCUCCGGAUCGAUCUCCCCACAGGCUGCUGGGAUCACUGUCUGGACAAGACGACACGGAGAGUGGUGUUGCGUUAUGAGCUCAUGAAACGCAACAGGAGACCGAGAGAGGAAGAGGGAUGGCGUAGAUUCAUCUUGACUACAGUUAGCCAGGCUAAGUAAAAUACAUGCAAGUGUGCUGUUUAAUAUGAUUUAAGCUUUUCGAAGCUGCGACCAGCUCGUCCCUUUUCUGACGGAGGAUAAACAUAGCCAUACGGGGACUUGGAAUCAGGCUGUCAUUAUGUCGAAAAUGCCGGCCAAGAAAAAGAGCUGUUUUCAGAUCACCAGUGUGACUCAGGCCCAGGUGGCGGCUAUAGGUGCCGCCGACGACACGGAGAGUCUGGAGGACCCAGACGAGUCACGGACUGAAGAUGUGUCGUCGGGGAUGUACGACAUGCCACGGGCUGAGUACGAGCCGGUGGGUGACAGGAGUUCAUCUGAAGAAGCGCUGAAUAAUGUUGGGGAGACAGAGGCGAUCAGUGUUAUGGCACCGUCACACAUACCUCAAGCUGGGCAGAUGUCUGCGCUGUCAGGCAAUGCCAUGGGCGAGUUUCGCAAGGUGGGACCGCCGGGCUCAACUCAAGGUGGUCAGCAGCUGCCUGGUGGUGUAUCCCUCAUCACUCAGCCUGGGGCGAUGCAGCAUCAGCCUGCUCCAGCAGCCAGUGUGUUAGUAAACACAUCCCAACCUGCUGCAGUGACCAGUCCAGCUCCUGCCCCUGCCACCUCCACGGUGAGCUGCACCUCACGCUUCAGGGUCAUUAAACUCGAUCAUGGUACCGGAGAACCCUUUCGAAGAGGCAGGUGGACAUGUACAGAGUUUUACGAGAAAGACUCUGAGGGCUCUGCUGUUAGCAGGACUGUAGAUAGCAUUAGGCAUGCCAGUGCAACAACACUGGACCCUGCUGCAGACAGAGACAGUGGGCUCGGGCAGACUGGAGGAUCUGUGGUUGCCCCGGCAACGCACUCAGGUCAGGGCUUGGGCUCCAUGGCGGAUGCUUCCCUCUCUUCAUCCCGCAUGCAUUCAGUGGAGACUCAACCGCAGCAGCAACAAAUCCACCAUCAAAACUACAGCGCCCGGCAACAGGGCAUCAGUGGCUCGACCACGCAGAGUGCUUUCUCCAGCAGCAAGCCAACAGUGGGAGGUCUGCAGCCUACUGCUCCCCAGAGCGUGCUCCCCAUCAGACAAAACGGCCUGCCUCAAUCUGUUGUCCACUUACAGAAGUCCCCCAUCAUGCCUCCUUCAGCCCAGCCCAUCGCUUACCCUCCCCAGCAGCAACAGCAGCAUCCUAUGGGCCACCAUCUGCCCAGCCAGCCUUCUGGGCUUCUACAGAACCAGACGGAGUACUAUCAGCAGCAGCAGUCCACUUCCAUGCAGCCAGGGCCUUCCACUGGCCAGGCUCUCCCUGUUUCCAGCCUGUCUGCAGGGCCACAGCCUGUGGCACAAGGACACGCUUCGGGCAUGCCUUCUGUGCCGAGUCAGGUUGGAGAUGCAGGAGCUGGAGGGGCAUCUGUACCUACUGGACAGCCAGCUCAAGGCCUCCUGCAGCAGCAGCAGCAGCAGACUGGAGGGAUGGGAGGUGUCGGAAGCUCCAUACUGGUUGGUGGAUCCACUUUGCAGCAGGCUGUUAGUCAGUAUCCAGCUGGUGGACAGCCUCAACAAAAUGUGCCUGCCAUCGCAGUGAGCUCCAGUGUGCCCACCACUGUGCCCACUGCUGUGCCCAGUGCCUCCAGUGCAGCCAUGCCAAAUGUGACGACCUCCAGUUUGCCUCCAAGUCAGAUAGCCCACAGCAGGACUCUAGUGGCUUUGGGGAUGCAGGGCCUCCCAGGAACUGGAUUUGGACAUGCGGAGGGCGGUGGUGGGAAGUCAGAAGGUCUCGUCAACGCACAGUCUCCUGUUGUCUCUGGGAAGGAACUGGGGAAGCCCUUCAUGCCUGAGAGCCUGCAGCUCGCCACUCCGACUGUCAACAGCCUGUUUGGAAUCCACAUACCUGUCGACGGGGAUGUGGACAGGAACCCCUCCAAGGCUUUCUACCAGGCCUUCCAGUCUGGCAGCAGAUUAAGGGACUCAAAGGCCCACAGUGAUAGGGCCUCGGGAACCAAUGUUGCUGCCAUCGAUAAUAAAAUUGAACAGGCAAUGGACCUGGUGAAAAGCCAUUUGAUGUACGCGGUGCGCGAAGAGGUGGAGGUCUUAAAGGAGCAGAUCAAGGAGCUGUUUGAGAGGAACUCUGUGCUGGAGAGGGAGAACGCCGUGUUGAAAUCCCUGGCCAACAGCGAGCAGCUGUCUCAGCUGCCCGCCCAGGCGGCCCCCAGCUCCAGCACCACGCCCCCCCAGCAAGGACUCAGCCAGCCUCAGCAACAGGCCCAACCUCCGCUUCAAGUCCAGCCUCAGCUUCAGCCGCAGUCACACCCCCAGCUCCAGCACCACCCCAAACCCCAGCAGCUCCAGACGCAGCCUCAGCUCGACCCCGGCCAACAACAAAUGCAACCCAACGUCACCUCCGCUUGAAGUGCAUCUAAAGAAAAAAAACAAAACAAGAAGAGCAUCUUCUCUACAACUUAUUACAACUAGUUUAUGUGAAAUAAAAAGAAGAAAAAAAAACUUUGUCUUCUUAGCCACCAGCUUGACCACAAAGUACAGUGCUUGUGUGCGUGUGUGUGCGUGUCAGGGUGAGUCCGCAAGCAAGUGCGACUGUGAAUCGGUGUCGGAAUGUGUGUAUGCAUCUGUACUGUGGGCCUUUCCAGUGUUAAUGCAAUCAUCGAGAGCGAGACAGAGAGACUUGGACAGAGAAAGUGUGUGUGGAGACAGAGUGUCAGGGAAGGUCGGGGUGUUUGUUUUCAUCUUGGCUGUGUGCCCGGAGUGCUUGACUGCUGGGUCCGAGCUCGUGGACAGGAUGUCUUUUCUUGGACCAGAACGGUCCGCGACCUGACCUGAAACCUGCUCAAACGGCGGGUGUUUGGAAAGGGGAGGGCUUCACCUCACAUAAGGGACAAACGGGAGUGAUUGUCAAAAAGAGAGCGAUUAUUUUUUUAAAUGAGAUAAAUUGAGUGGGUAAAAGGGGGGUAUUUUUAGCCUUGCUGUUUCAUGUUGUAAAGUAAGAAGUGGGAGAAAGUCUGUUUUUGUUUCUUUUUCUUCCCUGGAGCGCCACACCGCUGCCGUUACUUUCACAUCAAGUCCAAACCCUUGCAUCAGUCUUUUUUGAGUUCUACUGUUAAGUGUUUUAUUUAUUACAGGGCUGCUAUUCUCACAAAUGAACAAUUUCACAAAAUCUGUCUAACAAUAGCCCAGUGACUUGUUUCCUCUUUACUUCUACAGUGUUUCAACAGAUUGGCCGUACAAUGCUUUAUGUUUAAUCGUUAAAAAAUGUAGGCAAAAUGAAAAAGAAAGCAAAUCUGACAAAUGUUUAACACUAACAAAAAUUUGACGCUGCAAUUGCCAAUUGGUAGCUCAAGUCAAGAUCCAGUAUGAAUGUACAUUUUUGUAUAGUAUAAAGUAUUAAGAGCCUUGAUGGGUAACUUCACCCGUUGACAACAAAUCUUAACGUGAGCCUGCAGAAGGUAUUGGAUGAAGAUUCACUUCUGCUGGUAGUUUUAUCUAAAAGUGAAUUAGUAUUGCCAUCACCCCCCUCCUUCAUGUUUUCUUCUCACAAUGUUUUUCCUGAGGAGGGGGUCGGGGGGGGAAAGCUGUGAAAUCAUUCAACCUACUUUGUAACCAAAGAUGCAAAGCUGUGUAAAUUGAUUAUUUUUAAAUGCACACUCAUGUUAUUUCUUUUUUUUUUUUUUUGUUACUUCCUCUUUCACAAAAUAUUUUGUUGCUGUUCAGCAUGUUCUGCAUGAUCUGUAAUCUUCAAACCACUUUCUUACCUCAUUUUUAUUCAGCACUCUUAUUGUAAGAUAGUCUGUGAACAGUGUAAAUGGGGGGGCAGGGGUGAAAAAAAUGAUGCGGAGCAGAGAGAAAAAUAACCUAGUGUUACUGACACUAGUCACAGAAAAAUGAAGUGAGCCAUGUUUUGUUCAUUUAAAUGGUGUUUGAAUUUCAUAUGCCAAUAGUUUUGUUACAUUGCAAAUUUUAAUGUAUUUAAAUAAAAGCAAUAUU